AUGCAAAACACAAACACUUUUCAUAUACUAAAAGAAUCUUUAAAUGCUUUAUGCAAAAUUGCUUCUUUAUUUAACCAAUCCAAAAAAGAAACAGAAGAGGCUAAUAUAGAACAAUUUAAUCAAUAUGUGGAAAGAGUUAACCAAUGCUUCCCAUUGGUGUUUCGAUAUCAGGUAUCUAUACCAAAUGUAGAGUCACCAACUGAAAUGGUUAAUACUUUAGACUUCAUUAACAAUGUUUUAUUGUCUUGUAUAACAACACCAAUCAGUGAAAGUGUUAACUUUGUGAAGAAAGAAGAAAGCUUCUUAAGAGGGUGUCAAUCUGAUGAGGCAAUUAAACAAAAAAUGCAGGAGCUUUUCCAAAUGAUACAAAACAUUAUACUUAUUAAUAAUGUUGGUCCUAACAUUAUCUCAAUUUACGAAAGUAUCAAGACUGCCAAAGGAGAAGAGUUAAGAAGAGAUUGUGACCAAGUAGCAAGAUUAUUAUAUGCUUUAGAUCAAAGUAACAUUACCACAGUGACACUGCAGUUUGGUGAAGAUAUCAUUGACCUUCCACUACAAAUUAGAGGGAUUGGAAGCAUUGACAAUAAACCUAACAACGCAGAUCAGAAAAUAGUUCAAAAAGAUGAAAGAAGAAUACCUCAAAUGAAUUACGACCAAGAUUCAAAACAAAGGACGUUAUUGGAAAUUAGAGAAGAGUAUCAAAAAAUUAAAUUAAAGAACACUGAAAUGAAAAAAGAUUUAGAAAUUAUUAAACAAAAUAACCAGAAAACUGCUAAAGAGAUUAAUGAUGGCCUUUGUAAAAUGAGAGAAAUGCAACAAAAUAAAAUCAAAGAAAUGCAACAAAUGAUAACACAGUUGAGAAUGAAAUCUCAAAACGACGAAGAAACUAUUGAUAACCUAACAAAAGAAAAUCAAAGACUUAAAAAUUAUAUUGAACAAACCCCAAUAAAUCAAAAGAGUCAAGAAACUUCCACCAAAGAAUUACCACCACUCAAUAAAGAAAGUAGUAGUGCUAAUGGAAUUGAUGAUAUACCAAUUGAACCAGAAAUUAUAUCUGUUGACAUUCCAAUCCAUCAUUACUUCACUGGGUAUCAAGAAGAAAUAGAAAUAAAUGGACAAAUAUUUACUGUCCCAAUCACUGUUGGAUUAUCAGAUGGUGCUGAAUUUAAUUACAAAGGAUAUGGAAAACCAGUUAAUGGAAGAAAAAGGGAUUUGAUUAUUGUUGCCAAAACACAACAAACAGAAAGUUAUCAACGACAAGAAAACAACCUUUUCCAAACUGUUGCUAUUCCACAAGCUUAUAGAAACCAAAUGUUCCAAUGCUCUAUUCCAUGUAUUGAUGGAGACACUAUUCCUGUUAUGAUAACAGGGCAAGAAGGAGUACAAGGGCCAUAUGAGGGAUAUGGUAUGCCAAUUGGAACAACUGGAAAAAGAGGAGAUUUAUAUCUCAUAAUUAAGUUUAAUUAA